GUGAAGAUGUCAAACCAUUUACUCCUGAGAAAACCAAGGAAAUUGUGAUGUCUCUACAGCAACCUGCAAUCUUCUGUAACAUGGUUGGUGACUGGCCAGCCCUGCACUGGACUGCAAAAUACCUUUCCGCGGUGUUGGAUGGACAGACAAUCCAGUUUAGGCUAGGUCUGAAGACAGUGGAUUUAGUUCCCCAGUUUGAAACCAGGUGUAGCUACGUGAAGGCUACACUUGAAGAGUUUUUGGCUUGGAGUUCUGGGCAGCCUUCCUGUCUCUCUGGACCAUUCAGUUGUUACGAGUACUCCAAAUACUGGGCUUAUGCUGACUACAAAUACAUUGCCAAGAUAUUCGAAGACAAGCCAGAAGUUUUCCAGGAUAUAAGGUGGUCUGACUUUGGCUUUCCUGGAAGAAGUGGAAAGGAGAGCACCCUCUGGAUUGGUUCUGAAGGAGCAAACACCCCCUGCCAUUUGGACUCCUACGGCUGCAACUUAGUGUUGCAAGUGCAAGGAAGGAAGAGAUGGCACCUCUUCCCACCUGGUGAUACCAGUUGCCUUUAUCCCACCAGGAUCCCUUAUGAGGAAUCCAGCGUAUUCAGCAAAGUGAACAUUGCCAACCCCGAUCUGAAACGCUUUCCCAAGUUCAGGAAUGCAACAGCUCAUGUCGUGACACUCAGUCCAGGGCAGGUCCUGCUCGUUCCAAGGCACUGGUGGCACUAUGUGGAAUCCAUUGAUCCCAUCACUGUCAGCAUAAACUCUUGGAUUGAACUGGAUGCAGAUCAUGAAGCCCGCAUAGAAGAAGCAAUAACUCGAAUGCUGGUCUGUGCCAUAAAAUCAGCAGAAAAUCCCAGUGAUGGAGAUCUCUGGCUAAACCCCACAGAGGUUGAGGCAACAUCCCAUGAAAUCAAUCUUCAGUACCUGAAUAAAGCAGUGACUGCAUAUUUCAAGUGUCAAAAGGCAAGCGUGUCAGAGCAGGCAUGUUCCAGCAGCACUGGUGCAGAGCAAAGGACAAGUGCCGCACGCAAGAGGAAGAAAGAGGAGGCUGGCUCUGAACCAGAGGGCUGCAGAUUACUAACCCAUGAGUUUGGAUCUUCAGCAUUUAAAGCAGAAAAGCUGCAGAAUAUACCUUUUGGGCCUCAUCUUAUUCAAGUUUUACCAGAGUCUGAAGAAACAAGCUCGAGGGGUGCAGUUGCAGUUGAAAGUGACGUUAGAGAUCUUCUCCAUGAAAAUGAAGCAGGACAUUUUGGAAAAUUACACUGCCCCAGGAAGCAAUUGGUAAUGAGUAAUGACCGUGAAACGCCUGCACAUCAAAUGGAUUCAGACGGCAGUCCAAAUGCUUCACAAACAGCCCUUUCUACCAAUGAUUUGCUAGACUGUUUGGUUAAUCCGCAUGUCAUCAAUUUAGUGGCUCGGCUGCUGUUGGAGAGAACAAGAGUUUAAUGCUGGAGUGCUUUAUCAUUUCUCAAAUAAAGAAAUCAAAU